AUGCUUGCUCGUCAACUAUCAAAAACGUUAUGUGCCGCAAGGAGAGUAAAUACACGCAACUAUGCACAAGUGCUCUCCAUUAGUAGUAAGAAGGUUUCUAUGUCCAAAUUUGAACCUGACAAAUACAUAAAUUAUCAGAGAAUUGAAGAUAAUCUAGCCAUUGUGAGAAAAAGGCUUAACCGUCCAAUGACCCUUUCUGAAAAGAUAGUUUAUGGUCAUUUAGAUGAUGCUGCUGGACAAGAUAUUGUUCGUGGUUCUUCUUAUCUUAAAUUAAGACCAGACCGUGUCGCUUGUCAAGAUGCUACCGCUCAAAUGGCUCUUCUUCAAUUCAUGUCUGCUAAUAUGCCUGAGGUUGCAGCUCCGACAACUGUUCAUUGUGAUCAUUUAAUUGAAGCUCAAAUAGGUGGUCCUCAAGAUUUGGCACGUGCAAAAGAAAUUAAUCAUGAAGUAUAUAACUUUUUGUCUUCUGCUUGUGCUAAAUAUAAUAUUGGAUUUUGGCGUCCUGGCUCUGGUAUCAUUCAUCAGAUCAUUUUGGAAAAUUAUGCCUUUCCAGGUGGUCUAAUGAUAGGUACUGAUUCUCACACACCAAACGCCGGUGGCUUGGGUAUGGUUGCUAUUGGUGUCGGUGGUGCUGAUGCCGUCGAUGUUAUGGCUGAUCUUCCCUGGGAAUUAAAAUGUCCAAAAGUUACUGGUGUUAAAUUAACUGGUUCAUUAAGUGGAUGGACUGCUCCUAAAGUUGCUGGUAUUUUGACUGUCAAAGGUGGUACUGGUGCUAUAAUCGAAUAUUUUGGUCCCGGUGUUGAAUCUUUAUCAUGUACCGGUAUGGCUACAGUUUGUAAUAUGGGUGCCGAAAUUGGUGCUACUACUUCUCUUUUCCCAUUUAACAAACGUAUGGGUGAUUUCCUUCGUGCUACUCAACGUGGUGAAAUUGCUGCUUAUGCUGAAUCAUUUGCUCACAAUUUACGCGCUGACGAAGGUGCUGAAUAUGAUCAAUUAAUUGAAAUUAAUUUAUCUGAACUUGAACCUCAUAUUAAUGGUCCAUUUACUCCGGAUCUUGCCACUCCUGUAAGCAAAUUUAAGGAUGCUGUAACUGAAAAUGGUUGGCCAUCAGAUCUUAAAGUUGGUUUGAUUGGUUCAUGCACUAAUUCUUCAUAUGAAGAUAUGUCUCGCUCUGCUUCUAUUGCUAAACAAGCUCUUGAUCAUGGUCUUAAGGCUAAAUCUUUAUUCACUAUAACUCCUGGUUCUGAACAAAUUCGUGCAACCAUUGCACGUGAUGGUCAAGAAAAAAUUUUAACCGAUGCUGGUGGUAUAGUUUUAGCAAAUGCUUGUGGUCCAUGCAUCGGUCAAUGGGAUCGUAAAGAUGUUAAGAAAGGCGAAAAAAAUUCUAUUAUUACUUCAUAUAACAGAAAUUUCACUGGUCGUAAUGAUGCCAAUCCUGCAACUCAUGCCUUCGUUACUUCUCCUGAUAUUGUUACUGCAAUGGUCUUUGCUGGUGACUUACGUUUCAAUCCUCUUUCUGAUACUCUUAUUGGUGCUGAUGGUAAACCAUUCAAAUUUGAUGGUCCGAAUGGUGCCGACCUACCUCCUAAAGGAUAUGAUCCUGGUGAAGAUACCUAUCAAUAUCCUCCAAAAGAUCAUGUUUCUGUUCAAGUACAAGUAGAUCCUAAAAGCAAUCGCCUUCAAUUAUUACAACCAUUUGCCAAGUGGAAUGGUAAAGAUAUAGAACAAGCUCCAAUUUUAAUCAAAGUUAAGGGCAAAUGUACUACUGAUCAUAUUUCUGCCGCUGGUCCUUGGCUUAAGUUUCGUGGUCACUUAGACAACAUUUCAAAUAAUAUGUUGAUCGGUGCCGUGAACUCUGAGAAUGAUGCUGUUAAUAAAGUAAAGAAUAUUUUCACAGGAGAGUAUGAUGCUGUCCCUAACGUUGCUCGAGAUUAUAAAUUUAGAGGAAUCUCUUGGAUUGUAGUCGGUGAUGAAAAUUAUGGUGAAGGUUCUUCAAGAGAACAUGCAGCUCUUGAAGUACGUCAUUUAGGCGGAUGUGCUGUAAUUGUUAAAUCGUUUGCCAGAAUUCACGAAACAAACCUAAAAAAGCAAGGUCUUUUACCACUUACGUUCGCCAAUCCUUCAGAUUAUGAUAAAGUCGAUCCAACUGAUAAGAUGUCAAUUAUUGGCUUGGGAACUUUUGCACCUGGAAAACCUCUUACACUUAGGCUUCAUAAAACAUCUGGAGAAACUGUAGAUAUUAGUGCUAAUCAUACAUUUAACGAAAAUCAAAUUGAAUGGUUUAAAGCUGGUUCUGCUUUGAAUAGAAUGGCUGAGGCAAAGUUGGAGGAACGUGCUCAUUAA